AUGCUCUUCUGCAUCUUAUAUACGGCAACUUAUUGGGCAUUCCAAACCGCCAGCAUAAUUGAAUGCAACACGCCACAGAGUCUGGACAUCGCAAUCUGUGCCAACGGUGACAUUACUACCGUUAUAGUUACCGUGAUCAAUGUCGUGGCCGAUUUUUAUGUUCUCGCUUUGCCUAUUGGAAUAGUCGGACGACUUAAUGUUAAACGUACCAAGAAACUUGGCCUUAUAGCCGUCUUCCUGUGCGGUCUUAUCGCAAGUCUUGCAAACGUCGCAAAACUUAUUUAUGCGACUUUGCAUCUCAAUGACCAAGAUUCCGCUGCAUUAACGACUGAAUUCGCUAUCGUCGAGAUGAACCUUGGCACCAUCGCGGCCUCUAUGCCAGCACUGCCGCAAUUCUUUGCUAAAGCCCGGAUUUUCCAUGCCUCCACUUAUAGCUUUUUGCAUCGCUUACUCAACAGACGUGACCCGUCAUCCCUCUCCUGGUUCGGUCAGUCAUCGAAAAAUCUGGCUUCGGGGUACCCAGAAAGGCAGCGUGGUCCUGCUGUUCGAGGUGAGAACCAGACUGAACUACAAAGCUUGCCCGAUGUACGAGCAUACAGUGAUACACGAGGACCGACGUGA